AUCCGAUAUUAGCCAAUGAUAUCCAGUAGUACACGAAAAUGGCAGACGCUUCUUCUCGUUCAGACGAUAAUCCGUUCAAAAGUUUAUUGGGAGAAAUCUCAGAGGAACAAUGGGAGACUUACAAAGCCCUUAAAAGACAGCAAGGGAAUCUGGUGUUGGAUGACAGCUCUGAUUCCGCACCCAGUGGUGAUGAAACCCAUCCACACGAAACUACUCUAUACGUUGAGGUACAGGCGCAGCCAGAAGCAGAAACGACAAAGGUUGAAGACGACAGCAGUGACAGCUCAGAUGGCGAGGACAAGGAGACUUUGCAGUCGCAGUCUGACAUUACAAAAAAGUACAUCACAGGAGAAAUCACAUUUGCCGAGUUAACGGAAUACAUGGAAGCGAAAAGUCCAUCCACCGAAGCAUCGGAAGCGCCAUCUAGCCAGAAGCCUUCCGACGAGAGUGACGAUCCUCUUGACGAAUACUUGGACUCGAAGAGUAAAAGACGAAGCAGGAGGCGCCGCAAGAAUAAGAAGAAGAAAAAAUGUGCGGUGAGGAGAAGCCGCCUGCCGCGUGACUUGCAGGGUCUCAUGGGAGAGGCAAACUUGCGGUUUGCGAAAGGGGAUCACGAAGAUGCCAUCAAGAUGUGUAUGGAAGUUAUACGUCUAGUGCCGAUAGCGCCGGAGCCCUUCCAGACGCUUGGCAUGAUCUACGAAGAAAUGGGAGACAGUGUCAAGUCCUUGCAGUACGCCCUGAUUGGUGCAUAUCUGAGCCCGGAAGAUGCGGACGAGUGGGCCCGCCUGGGAGAGCUCUCCCUGGAGCAAGGGGACGUGCGCCAGGCGUCCACCUGCUACGCGCGGGCCGUACGUGCGGACCCUCAGAACGUGGACCUUCGCCUGGAACUGUGCACUCUGUACGAGCAACUGGGAGAACAGAAAAGGGCCCUGGAGUGUUGCAAUGCCCUGCUGACCCUCAUGGGACCCAAGCAGGGAGCACAAUGCAUGCAGCUGGCUCGUGAAGUUGCCAAGGUUUACCACCAAAUGGGCAGCACAAGCACUGCCGUUCAAGCUCUGGAGAAGGUGUUCAACAAGUUUCCUUCACAUAUUGCUUCGGAAGAUGUGAACAUGCUGUUGGAGCUCCAGCUGAGUGAAAAGAUGCAUUACGAAGCACUUUUGGUUUUGACGAAGCAUUGUGGCAUUGAGUUUAGCCUACCAGGGGAGCAGAGCGACGUUGCCGAGGUGCUGGAGAAGAAGAACAUCUCCAUGUUUGAACAGUGUACGGUUCCAGACUUGCUCCCAAUAGAUCUACAGGCGAAGCUGAUUGUCUGCCUUGUCCAUUUGGGAGCCCACAACCUUGUUCAGGGCCUGGUGGAAGACCUUCAGAAAGAAAACAUUGAGGAAGUGGGUGACCUGUAUCUGGAUGUGGCUGAAGCCUACAUGGAGCAGGAACUGUACUCGCAGGCUUUGCCCCUCUUGCAGACGUUAGUCGCCACCGUAAACUACAACCUGGCGGCAGUGUGGCUCCGCUAUGCGGAAUGUCUGCAGCAGCUAGGCCGGUUGGAAGAGGCGACGGACGUCUAUCGUCGAGUGUGUAAGAUGGCACCCGCCCAUGCAGAGGCCAGGAUGGCGCUCUGCACCUUGCUUCUUAAAAGGGGUCAUAGAGACGAUGCAGUUAGUGCCCUUAGGCAAGAUUGCGAAGACGGAAAUGAUGAAACCGACCCAGAUGUGACGGUACUACUGAGACGAACAGAGCUCCUGUACGAAUUUGGCCAAAAGGAAGCCUUUGUGGAGGCUGCCAUGUUGCUGCUGCAGUGCCACUGCCCGUCCGUGGAAAACGAGUCUGACUACUCGGCGGUGUACAGUAAUUUUUCAUCACGUGGCCGUUAUGACGCCCUCAAAGAUCUGCAGAAGAAAAGGGGUAUAGUCUCUAAACAUUUGCUGGCAUCUGACCUGAAGAUCUCCAUGGAGUCCCUGGUGGAUAUCUUUACAAAACUAUGCCAGAUACUGUACGACCUCAACCGUUGGAAGGACCUGCAAUACGUGACGACCAUCACCCUCGCGUCUCCCCUCCUCACCAAAGAGCCUGCAUUUAUGAAGAAUGUGGAAUUCAUGAGCCUGAUGGCGCACUACAAAGACCCUAACAUGGAGGAGCAUUCCUUCUUCUUGGCGAGGGCCAUGGUGCUAAGGAAUCCCCACAGCAACAAGGCUUGGAACCUGUUCGGCCUGGCCGUGAACAUGAGCCCCGUUAUGCGCCAUAACCGGUUUUGCCUCCGUCUGUUGUACAAGUAUCCAGACAACGUCGCCCUGGGCCUGCUCAACGGCCAUAAUGCCCUGGUAUCCGGCACCUACAAGCAUGCUCUCGGGGAAUACAUGUGUCUGGCAAAGGAGCAUCCGGACGACCCGUUCGUUCUCCUCUGCGUUGGUCUGUGCUUCACUCACAUCAGUUGCCAGAAGUUCACGGCCAAGCGCCACUCGCUCUACGUCCAGGCCAUCGCCUUUAUGACUCGUUACCUGGAGAUGCGAGGGAACUGCCAGGAGUCCUACUACAACGUCGGACGAGCUCUUCAUCAGCUCGGUCUGCUCCACCUGGCGGCCAGUUAUUAUAAGAAAGCAUUAGAGGAACCUCCGUCACUCACGGUGAUCUGCAGGGACGAGAACAUCUUUGACUUGCGGAAGGAAAUAGCUUUCAACCUGAGUCAGAUCUAUCUUGCCAGCAAGAACACGGACCUGGCUGCAAUGUACAUAAACAAGUACUGCAUCAUCUGAUCACUGGCGGAGAAUUAGCGUGUAAAUAAGGAUGAUUUGUACAUAGUUUCUCGUAACACCACCUGGAGGAAAGAUGGAUAUUCAGCUGCAUUAUUUAUUUCAUAAAAGUGGGAACACACUUCAAAGCAGUA